AUGCCUAGUGCACGCGAUGCCAACUGGAUAGAUGGCCUACGGGGGGUCGCCUCAUUCAUCGUAGUGACUGGGCAUCUUGUAACCGCCUUCGCACCGCACAUCCACUCUCCUGCACCGUCGCCCACGGAAAGCCCGGCUCUAUUUCAAUUACCAAUCUUCCGCCUCUGCGCAGCCGGCCGCGGCGCGGUAGCUCUAUUCCUCCUAAUCACCGGCUAUGUCAACGCAAUCGGCCCUAUAGCAAAGUCUCGGGCAGGGAAUGCAGAUGCUGCGUUCGCAAGCAUAGCCCGAAGUUCGCUGGCUCGCACAGGCAGGCUGGUCCUACCAACAGCUAUUGCAACUCUAAUCAGCUGGUUUCUGGCGAACAUCAACGCAUAUCAUAUGACGAUGCAUGUCGAUGCAACGUGGAUCCGACAAGGGUGGCAUAGGCAAGAGCCUACUGUCUGGGCAGCUAUCACGAGCUUGGUACACGCACAGAUCUCGACGUGGACAACAGGCUGGAACGAAUACGACGGUACACAGUGGUCGCUCAUCUACUUUCUCAUCGGAAGCAUGAUCGUUUACAUGACCAUGGUAGCUACUGUGCUGGUUACGCCAAGAGCUAGAAAGGUUGUAUAUGCGGUGCUGUUCAGCUACGCCUGGAUGUCAGGGCAAGACCUUGCGCAAUCAGCGUUGACAAGCAUGUGCGUAACCGUGGGCAUGUUUGUCGCUGAGUUGCACAACGAGCACGGUAUAUCCGCAACAUCAGUGCUGCCCACGCCUCUCCCUGCGACAAUCAUCCUUCUGGGCAUGUUCUUAUGCAGUUAUCCGACAGACGCUGUUGAAAAUGCACCCUGGUCGAACUUCAUGGCGCAGAUCAUGAAACCGUUGGUGCCCAACGGCGCAGAUAUCCGCCGCUACUGGGACACGAUUGGCGCCUCGCUGAUACUUCUCGGUUGCUUCUUCUCCACGAACGCUCGCCGACUGCUCAGCUCAUCUGUCUUUAACUUCCUCGGCCGCGUCAGCUUCCCGGUCUACCUCCUACACAACACAUUAAUCAAGUCUGUUCUCACCUGGAUGGUGUAUCUACCGAGCGCGAUGAACCCGCCGCAUAAUGAGAAAGGCGAGCAGAUGGACCUGCAGCGCGGCUCGACGAUUCACAUCCUUAUUGCAGUUGUCGUUUUCUAUUACCUGCUUUACCGCAUCGCUUGGUACUGGACGCUCUACAUUGACCCGUUGUGCGCUCGUGCGGUCAAGGUCAUAACGAGUUGGGCGUAUGGCGACCCGGCGGACAACCCGAACCACGCCGAGAAGCCUAUCCUUAUUACUUAG